GUUAGUUCCUCUGCGCUUGCGUCAUGCUGCCGGAAGUUAUGUAGCAGUGUGUAACUCGCCAAAAACCUAAAAGAAGACGAAGAAGAAGAAUGUAGCAGCAGUGUACAUGUGUGGGAUCCAGACCUGAAAUAAAGCAGCAGGAAUCAUCUGUAAAUGAUGAAGCAUGUGUUCCUGACCGGCGUUCCCGGUGUGGGUAAGACCACUCUGGUGAAGAAAGUGUGUGAUGCCUUGGUCUCGGCUGGGGUUUCUGUCAGUGGUUUCUACACGGAGGAGGUCCGAGAGCGAGGCAGAAGAGUGGGCUUUGAUGUGGUCACACUCACAGGGGACAGAGGACGGCUGUCCAGACUCAGCGCUCAAUCCGCCGCAGGUGGACGUGAAUGCAGGGUCGGUCAGUACGUGGUCGAUCUCCAGUCAUUUGAGAGUCUCGCUCUCCCUCUUUUCAGAGAUAUGCGGGAGGAAAGCAAGAGGCUGUUUGUCAUCGAUGAGAUCGGAAAGAUGGAGUUGUUCAGCCAAGCGUUUAUCCGUGCGGUGAGACAGACGCUGGACGCCUCCAGCUGCUCCAUCCUGGGCACCAUCCCUGUUCCUAAAGGAAAACCUCUCGCGCUGGUGGAGGAAGUGCGCAGCCGACAGGACGUCAAGAUAUUUAUGAUCACAAAGGAAAACAGAGACAUGAUCUUCGAUGACAUUGUCUCGGCUGUACAAGAGUGCCUGAAGAACACGUCUCAUAAUGGACGGAGCUCUGCAUUAUUGAUUGGAAGCGAGCGUGUGAGACCGUCCUGGAGGAGCGACUGAGAUGAACAGAGGUGAUGCCCUGCGAACACUCGUCAGCCCUUAAAUGUUUUCAGUGGGACAGAGAGGCCGCUGAGGCGCGACCUUUCCUCGUGAGCUUCCUGUAUGUGCGUUUCCCAUUAAACAGGAAAAUAAAUUCAUAUUUGAGAGGACAACACUGU